AUGAGCGACACAGAUCAAUGCUCACUGCAUCUCAGCGGGACUCAAGACAUCCCCGAAGCGUGGUUUGAUGAGCAACUCAAACGUUAUCGCACCAGCAAUGACAUCCUCCAAGACUAUAUCUCCAAGGAAGUCGAGGUUCUUAAGGCGUAUUACGGCCGCCAAGUCCGCCCACAAGACGCGGCUCGUGCUAUCACCCGCCCUAUUACAAGCACGUCCAUUCCUUUGGGGGAAACCUCUUCAGACGACAUUGUCCCGCUCACGCAGCUAUGGAGGCUACUCAAAGAUGCACUUGUCGAAUGGCCAUCGGGUCGCACGCCAGACCUCGUUCUUCUCCUCGCUGCCAUUGCGAGGAGACGUGACCGAAUCCACCGAGGCGAGGCUCUCGAUGAUGACGAACGGCCGAUGACAUGGGCUUGUCUUCCAUACCUGACCAUGAUUUGGUCCGAAGCCUACUGGAUGGAACCGGGACAGAUUCAAGAUGCUGAGGCACAGCUGGUCGCAGCGGGGCUGUUCGAGUGGAGGCGCGCGUUCUGGUACCUGAUCAAGACACUGGAAAGGGUGGCAAAUCACAAUGACAAUACUGUAGCAUCCGGGGAUAACACAGCGGAGGUGCUGCUUCAAGCGGACUUCCAUAUCCCGGCUGUCGCCUGCUGGAUUAAGCAUAACGGACGCAAGCUGUAUGACGAGAUUGCCAAAGACGAGCUCAGGGUUUGGGAGGAGAGGGAUGUCCCUGUGGAGGCUCGGCAGUUUGACCACCCCACGGAGCGUUGGUCAUUUUGGGCGGGACGACUGAGUGAAUUUGUGACAGACCAGCAGGACGACAUUGUCAAAGGCGCGGCGCGCCACGCUGUAAAGAAUAUGGAGGCCAUUGCAGGAGCAUCUCGCCGGCGCAAUGCGCGGCAUGAUGAAGGAGACGGAACUUGUAUCAUUUGCCCAACUAUGACGGACGAUCCAAGGGUAGACUAG